UUUGGUUUCAUUUCAUCUACUGCUACAUUCAGUCUACUCUUUCUCCCCUUCAAAGUUCAAACUUGCAAAUUGCACCCGGUUCGGCUCCAUUCCACACUCCCAAAACUAAUCCAAGUCUCUCUUCUUACUCUCAUCAGAUAUCGUGACCUGACCUGAUGGCGGAUGCACUGCUUGUUCCCACUGUACAUGUUGCACUGGAGACGGCAAUAAACUUGGCUUCAGCACAUGUUGGCCCGUUUCCGGGCAUCGGGAAUGAUUUUGCGAGACUGGUGAGCACGUUGACUAUGAUCCAGGCUUUCCUUCGUGAUGCAGAGGAAAAGCAGGUGGCUUACUUGUGGGCGAAGCUUUGGCUGGAGCUGCUUGAACGUGUCACUUUCGAUGCCGAAAAUUUGCUGGAUGACUUCAACUAUGAAAUGAAUCGGCGCAGGAUUGAGAUCCAAAACCAAACGAAGAGGAAGGUAUGCUUCUUCUUCUUCUCACUCUUUAAUUCCAUUGCAUUCCGUCGCAAAAUGGCAAAACAAAUUCGGGAAAUCAACGUGAAUUUUGAAAGAAUCCAUGAAGAUGCGAUGGCCCUUGGCAUCGUGGAACAGUUUCACUUUGAACGUGCUCUCUCCUCUCCUAGUGGAGGAAGAUUUAUAAAGAACAGAGAGAUUGACCCUGAAACUAUUGAUACGAGUUUUGUUGGAAGAGAUGAUGAUGUUUCAACAAUACUAGCACAGUUGACUGCCACGGAUAACAAUGAAACUAUCUCCGUUCUUCCCAUAGUAGGAAUGGGUGGGAUCGGGAAGACCGCAGUCGCUCGAAAAGUUUUCAAUGAUCCAAAUAUUAAAAAACAUUUUGACAAGAGAAUGUGGGUGUGUGUUUCGGAGGAUUUCAAUGCCGAUAGGCUUUUUAGGUUGAUGCUAGAAUCAUUGAAAGAACCAAUGCCCAAAGUUGAGAAUACGGAAGUCAAGGUCAAGCAGCUUAAGAAAUUAUUGGAUGGUAGAAAGUAUCUACUGGUCUUGGAUGAUGUUUGGGAAAAGCGCUCAGAACAAUGGGAUGAUUUUCUUGAAAGUUUGAUUGGUAUCAGCCAAGCCAUGGGGAGCUGGAUUCUUGUGACCACUCGUGACCGAGGAGUGGCAAGCAUCAUGGGAAUUUCUUCUCCUCCUUGGUCCUUGAAAGAAUUAUCAGAUGAUCAAUGUUGGCUCAUUCUCAAAGAAAAUGCAUUUGGCACUGGAGAGGUGCCGAAUGGACUACAACAUGUAGGAUUCAAGAUUGCGCAAAGAUGCCGAGGCUUACCAUUAGCUGCAAGCGUUCUUGGUGGCAUGCUGCGCAACAAGGGAGAAGAUGAAUGGCCAACUUUAGAUGAUCAAUUGCGAACUUUAAAGCUUGGGAUUCAAAGUUUAGGCGGAGAUGAAAUUACUGUGGUUACUGAAAUUUUGAAGUUGAGUUUUGAUCGUCUUCCACAUCCAUCUCUUAAAAAGUGUCUUGCGUAUUGUUCAAUUUUUCCCAGGGGCUUUCAAAUGGAAAGGAAUCAACUAAUCCAACUUUGGGCAGCAGAAGGAUUUCUUCAUCCGAGACUCGAAAUGCAUAUGGAGGAAGUUGGUAACAAGUAUUUUACCAUUUUGUUGGAUAGUAACUUGUUUCAAGAUGGAGAGAAGGAUGAUUAUGGAAACGUAUUGAACUGCAAAAUGCAUGAUCUUGUGUACGAUAUGGUGCAAUUCAUUUCCAAAUCUAAAACCAGAAGUUUGAAAGACUCAACAGAAGCAGAUUUUCUUGACAGGACUUUUCGGUAUCUUGCAGUGGAGAGCAGUGGUGGGGAAGAAAUACAAUUUCCAUUGAACAAGAGUUUCAGGUACAUAACAACAUUAUUUUUAUUGGAGAACAAAUCAAUUAAUAUUGAUGGUUGGAUCUCAUCUUUGACUAGCUUGCGGGUGCUAAACUUAGCUUCAUCAGAUGUCGAGGAGCUUCCCGAAUCCAUUAACAAGUUGUCUCAUUUAAGGUGCCUCGAUUCAUCAGAUACUCCGAUCAAAAUAUUACCAGAGUCUCUUUGUCAGCUUAACAAUUUGCAGACGAUAAGAGUUAGAGAUUGCAAAUCAUUGACAAAGUUCCCAAACAAUUUCAAGAAUUUGGUGAAUUUGAGGCACUUUGACUUUUUCUCUGGAGAUAAAUCUAGUGAUAUGACGCCUCUUGAUAUCGGACAAUUGCGUUCUCUCCAAACAUUGCCAUUUUUCAAUAUUGGUGAAGAGGCGGGUCGACAAAUUGGACAAUUGAGAAAUUUAAAUAAUCUCAGUGGAAGUCUUGAGAUAAGAAAUCUUGAAUUGGUGAGAAGCAAGAAAGAAGCCGAGUCUGCAAAUCUGAUUGAGAAGCCAAACAUUAAUGAGUUGAGAUUGUUAUGGAAUGAAUCAGAUAAUUUGAGAGAGAAUGACAAUGAAUACAAUCAAGUGUUGGAAGGUUUGCAUCCUCACCAAAAUUUGAAAGGUUUGACAAUUGAAAGAUUUUUUGGUGAUAAACUUUCGACAUGGAUUGGAAAACUUGGGAAAUUGGUGAAAUUUGAAUUGCGAAAUUGUAGAAAUUGCAAGGAGUUACCAACUCUUGGAUACAUGCCCUUCCUCACAUAUCUUCACCUGGAAGGACUCGACAACAUAACAACCAUAGGGCCUUCUUUUUAUGGUGAAUCAAUAAUGCAUAGUGGCGGUAGCAGUCAAUUGUUUCCAGCACUUGAACAUCUCAUUCUAGAAAACAUGCUAAAUUUGCGUGAAUGGGUAGAAGCAUUAGAUCAUGAUGGAAUAGUGGUGGUGUUUCCGGUCCUUAACACGAUGAGGAUUAAAAGGUGUCCCCAAAUAGCCACUUUUCCAAGUCAUUUUCCGUGUCUCAAGAACUUGCACGUUGAGCACAUCAACAAUGGAUCAAGUAUAGUGACAUGUAUUUCCAAUAGUUUCAGGACUCUCACGAGUCUUUCUAUUGAUAAUAUGAAUGGGUUCACUGAGCUACCAUACACUCAUAUUGUUGGUUCAACUCAAAAUUUGGUUGGCCAUGGAUCCUUAGAGGAAUUACAUGUUUGCAGGUGCCACUCACUGAAGUCGAUUUCAAUCCCUAGGGUACAUCCGUACCUCAAUGCCUUGCGAAAAUUAAGGAUUUUUAUGUGCAGUGAGUUAACCCAUUUGUCCAUCCCGCAAAUAUACGAGUCAGAGUGGGAUUCCAGUUCUUCAUCCUCCUCUACUUGUCCUCCUCGUCCUCCUCUUGAGGAAUUGGAAAUAUGGGGAUGCCCCAAUCUUAUCUCCUUUCCGAUUGAUUUAACCCGCAGACCUUCUCUUUCUUUCCUGGACAUCCCAUACUGUAAGAAAUUAACCGACUUGCCCAAGGGGAAGCUUUGUUCUCUUACAAGCUUGAGAAGCUUAGAGAUUGGACCAUUCUCAGAAACCACAGAGCAGCAGUCCUUCCUAGACCUCUUUGAUGCUCUCCCCAAACCAAUGCACCCCUACUUGCCCUUCCUUUGGAAAAUGAGUCUGGUUGGAUGGCCUCAUUGGGAAUCUCUGCCCGACCAACUUCAGUAUCUCUCUGCUCUAACAUAUCUUGAACUAGAUGGUUUUGGAGUAAAAUCAUUGCCUGAUUGGUUUGGGAAGCUUUCGUCACUUGAACGACUCUACCUUUACAAUUGUAAAAAGUUAGAGAAUUUACCCUCUCACCAAUCUAUGAGAAGCCUCACCAGACUAACAGAGCUGCGGAUUGAAAUGUGUCCCCUUCUAACGGAAAGAUGUAAUUCAGAGAGCAGCAGCAGCAGUAGCACCGACCCCAUUUCUGAGUGGUCCAAGAUCUCCCACAUUCCCAGAAUUAUAAUUAAUGGGCAGCGAAUCAAAGGCUAAUCUCCAAUUAAAGCUACUAGCCUACCUUCUGCUGAAUAACUGUUGCAAACCUGUCUUUCCUUGGUUCUCUCUGAAUUUCUGCUUUCCAGAUAAAUACCUACACAUUCUUGGACUUACAAAGAAGAGGGGCUUAUUCACUUCAAAUGGAUCCAGCAGGGCUCUUUCAAAGGGAGCUCAUUCUCCUUCAUUAUAUAGAGAAGGCAAUACUAUGUCUAGUUUGAGAGUGUAGAAUGAACCAUUGGUAAAAACCCAUGGCAUAGUAUUAAAGGCUGAGGGUGUAAUAGAUUUUCUUGAGUCUUAGAGCUCUCCAAGAUGCUGCAACAAAGAUUACUCUGGCUGGCGACUGGGAAUCUCAUGCAGGAGCUGUUUGACGGCUAGAAAUUGGAUGAAUGGUCUGAAGAGAUGUUCUCAAAUUUCCGAUGUAUGAAAAGCUAUAAGCAUAAGCUGUUCUCUCAAUCUGGUGAUGGGGCAGACACUCUCAUCUCAGUCAGGGCUAUCAGACGGCUGGUGGAAAACAUGCCAUGUCCUCGAAAUGACUAGGCAAUGGAACUGUGGAGAAAGUCAAAUUUUUGCACAGGAGAGGAGAAGUUUGAUGCAUAGAGUAUACAUCAAAAUCUGAUGGAUAAAAUUCAAGCAGGAAGUGAAUUUCUGAUAUGAGGGUCAAUCUUGUUAGUAGUAGAAUGCAUGUGGAUGGCAGUCUUCCGGUGAAAGAGAAUGUUUAUGCCUUAUAAGGGGAACCUUUCAUGAAAAAUCUUGAGGAUCAGAGCUCUCCAAGAAGCUGCAUCAAAGAUGAUUCAGGCUUGCCACAGGGAUGCUCAUGCACGAGGUAAAGAACAGAGCUGUGGAUAAGCCAAUACAUGGGAAAGAUACUUGCUGGAUUUUCAAGUCAUGAUGACAAAUGCCGCGAAUGAGGCUUCGCAGCCCCUCGACAGAGAUAUAGCCAGAUCGAAGUGAGAAGCUUUCACUUGUUGAAGGAUUUGAAGUUGGAAUAUGCCAAAAACUUGAGCAGUAACCUCCCCGCCAAUCAAAUACAAGCCUCCCUAUGGAAUGUGUAUCUUUUGAUCUUUUGACUCUGAGUGGUGCAAGAUUUCUAGAUUUCUCACUUUGAGAUUGAUCGUAGUGUAUGCAAACUCUAGUCUACACCUGUAUUUAUGAUUUCUCUCAAUUCUGUAUGUUCAAUUAUGCUGUCUCCAAUUCAGUGAAUUACUCUUAUGAUGAUAUACCUUUUCUGUGACAUUCUGCUGAAGAGUACAUUGUUAUUAGAUGUAAGAGUGGACGAGAAUUACAUCA